ACCCUUCAACUCCGUGUCGCGUCAUCAAACCUUUUUGGCUUCAAUGCUCUUCACUUACUUCCACUAUAUAUAGAGUAGCCACUUUUCACAUUGACUACGAAAAGCAAAAACCUUCAACUGAAACAACAUCCUAUACAACUAUACACUUCUUACUCUUUUCAAUCAGUGAUCAAGAAUAAUGGAUAUCUUUAGAAGCUAUUAUUCGGACCCACUUGCUGAAUAUUCAUCAAUUUCUGAUACCAGGCGCAGCUCCUGUAUGAGAGCUAAUCUUUCUGAUGAGGAAGUUAUGUUAGCUUCAAAUAAUCCCAAGAAGCGAGCAGGGAGAAAGAAGUUUCGCGAGACACGUCAUCCAGUAUACAGGGGAGUGAGGAAGAGGAAUUCAGGCAAGUGGGUUUGUGAAGUCAGAGAGCCAAACAAGAAAUCAAGAAUAUGGCUGGGCACUUUCCCUUGUGCAGAAAUGGCGGCUAGAGCUCAUGACGUGGCGGCUAUUGCAUUAAGGGGACGUUCUGCUUGCUUGAACUUUGCUGACUCUGCUUGGAGGUUACCUAUCCCUGCUUCCUCCGACGCCAAGGAUAUUCAGAAGGCGGCGGCUGAGGCAGCCGAGGCUUUCCGAUCGUCUGAGGCUGAAAAUAUGCCGGAGUACUCAGGAGAAAAUUCAAAGGAAACGCCAGAAAAUAUGUUUUAUAUGGAUGAGGAGGCGCUAUUCUGCAUGCCGGGAUUACUUGCGAAUAUGGCAGAAGGACUAAUGUUACCUCCACCUCAGUGUUCCCAAAUUGGAGAUCAUAUGGAAUUAGCUGAUGUUGACAUGCCUUUGUGGAGUUAUUCUAUUUAAAUAUAACUCUGGUUCUCACUUACUACUUCUUUCGGUGAUAUUCCCUAUAAGUACACAGUUACUUCAAUUAAGAUUUCGGAGAUUUUUGUAAGUUUCGUACUCAUGAAUAUUUGGAUGGUACGGAUGUACAUAGGCGUUGUGAAUUAGUAUGAUGUAGAUAGUAGUACUCCUAUGUUCUAGUUGUAGUUCUGGCUAAAUGCAAAACAUUGGCCUAGGCAGAAAAAAACAAUAUUAGCUUUGUGAAUUUCAAGCCAUCAUAUUUGAAUGAAAUAAGUGCGAGCAAGUUAACUUA